CGAACGGGGCGUGAGCAUUGCGCGUCCGGAGCCUUUGUGUUUCAGCUCUAAUAUCUCACAUAUCAAUAAUUCAGCGCGCAAGCAGACGGACCCCGCGCUAUGUAUUCAACUGCGCUUCAACUCGACAAGGGCCUCGUACCGCUCUCGACUGGUUAUUCGAUUACGGAGUGAGACAAGAAGGCGGGGAGGCUUCAGCUGACAGGGGGAAAAAUAAGUUUACACGUGGAACGACUGGGUAAAGGGGACUCUCCAUGAUUUAAAAAAAGAAACGGGAAAACCAAACCUGUCUUUGACCUUUCCAAAAUUUAGAAAUACACAAGGAUAGCUAUAAUUCAAGAAAGGAAAAGGAGUUGGUCAUUUGGAAAGACUGAAUUGUAUCGAACAUAAUAAGAAUAGCAGGAUACAGCCACGAAGUGCAGAGUGAAGUUGCCAUAAUGUUGACGGUAUUACUGGGUGCAGUGUGGCUAGUGAUUCUAGUGAACGCUCAGAACGAGACGGAACCGAUCGUGCUCGAAGGGAAAUGUCUGGUCGUUUGCGAUUCCAACCCAACUUCGGAUCCCACUGGGACUGCUCUCGGGAUAUCGGUGCGCUCCGGGAGCGCCAAAGUGGCUUUUUCAGCCGUGAGAAAUACCAAUCAUGAGCCUUCGGAGAUGAGUAACCGGACUAUGGUCAUCUACUUUGACCAGAUACUUGUAAACGUUGGUAAGAAUUUCGAUGAGGAACGGAGCAAUUUCAUCUCCCCGCGCAAAGGGAUUUACAGUUUUAAUUUCCACGUGGUCAAAGUGUAUAAUCGCCAAACGAUCCAGGUGAGCCUAAUGCAUAAUGGAUGGCCUGUGAUCUCGGCCUUCGCUGGAGACCAGGAUGUGACUCGUGAGGCUGCCAGUAACGGAGUGCUGAUCCAAAUGGAGAAGGGGGACCGAGCCUACCUCAAACUGGAGAGAGGAAACCUCAUGGGGGGCUGGAAGUACUCCACGUUCUCUGGGUUCCUGGUCUUCCCCAUGUAGAAGACAAGGAGACUGGAGGGACUAAUGCUUCUCAGCUCGGCGGCUUGGGAGACUGUGGAGUGAGAGAGAGGAUAAAAGAUAGAGGAAGAGAGAGAUAUAUGGGAGAGGAAGUUAAAGAGAUGUGGAAGGUAUAAUUAGCCAGGGCAGGCUCUCCAACACACUCACUCACUCCGCUGCCUGACUACAGCUCUGGACAGCCAAAACUUUUUUAUCCUCAGAAAUAUUAUCAUUUAAAAACAUUAAAGAGAGUAAAAACUAUAGGCCAAGUCCACCCCUUCACUCACAUCAUCUCUUUCUGCAUCUGCUUUGAGGAAUGUCUCUGUAUUACCUACAGUGUCAAAGAGCUGCAUCAACCAUGUUUCCACAUACCAUAUGGCUACCCAUCCCCACCCAUUUUCUGUCACUCCAUUUUUUUAUUCUAUACGUCUGUGUACAGUCCGACAAUACGCUUUCUACAUCCCUUCCACCACUGUCAUUACAAGUCCAAGCAGAUACUGUACUGUACCAUUGAGUCCUCCUCACUCAUCAAUCCUCCCAUCCCCUGUUCUUCACAUAUAUUGAUCCUCUGUUCAAUACUCCUCCUCUCCUGUCCUGUUGUGUUAUCCUCCACUCUGUUGUUCUUAUUUCUAGCCUUCUCCUCCCAGUAAAGAUGUCCCUGCUUUGUCUUGGUUGGAGGAUUGCUGAAACUCUAAAAGACUCUAGCUGUAUACUGGAUAUAUAUAUAUAUAUAUAUAUAUAUAAAUUCUGAAAGUUUCUAUAUGAUAUAAUCUAUGAUUAACAGAAUCUGGUUGAAUAUCGUAUUUGCGUAUUUCAAUGUUAACAUUUUGUGAUUGUGUGUGGAUUAUGAGGCUGCCCUUAACUACUGAUGCUUCUUGUUCUUGUUUCGGUCGAAAUGUGGCUAAACUGAAACUAUACCAGAAAAACUAUAAAGGAAUUUUAUUAUGAUUAUUAACUGUACAAAUCCUCCCGUUUAUUUAGCAAUCAAUUUAUCUAUUGUUUUUUUAUUUUCUUUGAUCCAAUAAAAUUGAAAUGGUACUUUUAUUUUUCUUAAACCUAA